CGCGUCUGAGUUUUCGUGCCGUUAAGUUGUUGACCGUGUUGAGUUAGCCAAGUCGAGGAAGUUGUACACGCGACGCAGGCAGCAACUAAAUAAUUGGCUUAACAUCAGUUGAAAUUGUUAUUGUGUGUGCGUGGGGAAUGGAAAAAGGAUAUGAAUACCGGAAGCAGUUCAAGUGCUGUUAGCUAAUGAAAGAUAAAACCAAAGCAAACUCUAUAGUUAAAGCUUAACUACAACCAAGAAAAAUAAGGAGAAAAAAAAGGAAAUAAGCUGCAACUCGCUGAAGGAAGAAAACAAAACAAACAACAACUGCCAAAGAAAAGACUGAAAUAUAUUUAGGGGAAAUUUCCCCAGGACCAAAAGCAAGCCGAAUAACUCAGCAUCAACAAGAGGAUAUGUUUUAGAUCCCAGAAUUGGGGAUAAGCUCGAGGCAUACCACAACGUACUUGCCACAAUGUUUCUGCCCGUCAAAUCGAAUCACACCGCCGAGGCGAGUGGCAACAACGAGGAUGUUACCACCACCAGCAACAAUUCAACACAAACGCCCAGCGAUCUAAGCCCACCGGGACCCAAUGAGGAGGUGCUGCCACAGGCACAUCAUCAAAAUCCAGGACACUGCAUCGCCUCCUUUGCCGCCAUCAAUCAGAUGCGUAAUAAUGCACAGCUGUGCGAUGUGCGCCUCGAGGUGGGAGGAGAGACCAUCAAUGCACACCGCGUGGUGUUGGCCUCCGUUUCGCCCUACUUCUAUGCCAUGUUCAACGAUGACAUGCUGGAGCGUAAUCAGGGAUUGGUGCGACUCCAUGAUGUGGACAGCUCGGCGCUGCGUCAGCUUAUAGAAUACACGUAUACGGGUGAGAUCACGAUCACGGAGCAGAAUGUGCAGGUUCUGUUGCCGGCAUCGGGUCUGCUGCAGAUGCAUUCGGUGCGAGAUGCGUGCUGCAAGUUUCUGUUGCGCCAGCUGCAUCCGUCCAACUGUCUGGGCAUACGGAGCUUUGCGGAUGCACACUCCUGCAAGGAGCUGCACACCCGAUCCCACAAAUAUGCGCUGCAAAACUUUCAGCAGGUGGUGGGCACCGAGGAGUUCCUGCUGCUGCCCUUCGAGGAGGUCAAGGAGCUGAUAUCCAACAGCCAGCUCAACAUUAGCUCCGAGGAGAAAGUAUUUCUGGGCGUGCUCAGCUGGGUGAAACACGAUCUGGGCCAGCGUCGCCUGCACAUUGCCGAGCUGAUGUCCCAUGUCCGGCUGCCCCUCGUCAGCCGUGACUUCCUCAUGAGCUGCGUCGAGUCGGAGACGCUGAUGCGCGACGACUCCGAGUGCAAGGAACUGCUGCUGGAGGCCAUGAAGUACCAUCUGUUGCCGGAGCAGCGCAGUCUAAUGGGCAGCCAGCGCACCCAGGAGCGACGUCCCGAGGGCAUGAAGCCCUACAUCUUUGCCGUCGGCGGCGGCAGUCUCUUUGCCAUUCACAACGAGUGCGAGGUGUAUAAUCCCAGAUGCAACAGCUGGUCACCAGUGGCUCCCAUGCUGUGGCGUCGCUCGCGCUCCGGCGUAACAUCGCUCCACAAGCAACUGUAUGUCGUUGGUGGCUACGAUGGCGUCAGUGAUCUGGCCACUGCCGAGUGCUACAAUCCGCUGACCAACAAGUGGAGCAACAUUACGCCCAUGGGCACAAAGCGAAGCUGCCUGGGCAUCUGCUCCUAUGAUGGUCUGAUCUUUGUGUGCGGUGGCUAUGAUGGCGCCUCCUGUUUGAGCAGCAUGGAACGCUAUGAUCCGCUCACCGGCAUCUGGAGCUCCUGUCCGGCCAUGAGCACACGUCGUCGCUACUGUCGCCUUGCCGUGCUCGAGAAUCAAAUCUAUAGCUUGGGCGGCUUCGAUUCCACCAACUAUCAGUCGAGUGUGGAGCGCUUUGAUCCUCGCGUGGGUCGCUGGCAGCCCGUGCCCAGCAUGACGGCCCGCAGGAGCAGCUGCGGUGUCGCCUCCACCGAUGGACAUCUCUACUGCAUUGGCGGCAACGAUGGCACCAUGUGCAUGUCCAGCGGCGAACGCUUCAACUUGCGUCGCAACUGCUGGGAACCCAUUGCGGCAAUGCAUUCGCGCAGAUCCACACAUGAGGUGGUGGAGGUGGAGGGCGUCCUGUUUGCAUUAGGAGGCAAUGAUGGCAGCUCCUCACUCAAUUCCGUGGAACGCUAUGAUCCGCGUCUGAACAAAUGGAGUGUGGUCAAUGCGAUGGUUGCACGUCGCAGCUCUGUGGGCGCUGCGGUUCUCGACUGCUUCCAUUUGGAGCGCGGACUGGUGCAGACGACGAACUUAUGACCCCCAUUGAGCAGCAUCAGCGAAUCCUUCGCCGCUGCCACAGCGAACGCCGCCAACAGCAACAGCGGUAACAACAGCAGCAAUAACAGCAGCAACAACAGCGGCACUUUAACCGUUCCCAGUCGCGCUGAAGCUGCCGCCUUUACCGCCAACAUAGCGUUGAGCUCCUCGGCACCAUCGGCCAGCUCCACACUGCGUCGGCAUCGUCGGGAGACGCCUGUGCUGGCAGAGACACGUCGCGCCAGC